ACAGUGACUUUCAAUGAUAUAAAUUUCAAUUUAUACGCUUUUAAUGCUAUUAAUUCAUCAAAACUUUAUAACUCAUGCAAUCCUAAAAAAAUAGUGAUGACAGAUACUAUAGUGAGGUCCAUGUUAUAAUGGCAGUGUUUGAUUAGGCUACUUGCACACACCCCGAUUUUUGGACGGAUGAUUUUUUACAGAAAAAACAUGCAUCUCAUCCAUGAAGGCUCAAGUCUGUGUGUGGAGAAGAGUCUGUUCUUCAUUUCGGAAAUAUAUUUUUGUAGUUUGAGAGGGAUAGUGUACUUCUUGAAUACUGAAUUCUUGAAUGAUAAUGAACUUAAACAUUAUUGAAAAUUACUGAGAGGAUGAUACACCUUGAAAGCAUCAAUGUAACUCAAUGGAAAACCUGUCACUGGAAAAGUAUAAGUUAUAAACAAUGUCUUAUUAUACUUGAAGUGUUAGCACAUUAUAUAACCUUAUUUAGCAAAUAAAAAAAUAAAAAUUAUCAAAUGUACUACAACUUUUUAAUAACAAGAUUUGAUGAUGUUGGGUUUCGGCUCACUAUAUAUUACAUGCCUAAGGCAAUAUUCUAGUAAUGGUAUAUUCACACUAAGUGCAGAUUACGGGACCUUUAUUUGAUAUUUUACAAACCUAAUUACCUCGCACUAUCAAAAGAGCAGUGCAGUCGACUGGAAUGGAGGAUGGUGUAGCGAGAACUGGCAAGGACGGUUGGAGAAAAAUCAGUGUGUGUGCAAGCUUGUAUUUUUAGUCACGUACCGGUACGCCUCUGUGUCGCCGGCACAUCGCUGGCACCGGUGGAACACAAUGGCAGUGGCCGGCUGCUCGUCGGCAUUUUACCGGCUGUGAUCGAUGUCCACAUGUGACCAGGAGACGGAUAUACUAUCACCAGUCUCAGAGCACAAUUCAUUUAGUGGAAAAUCAGAUUCCAGGUUGACUAAAGCCAUUGAAAAAGAAGUGUGUGGUGGUAGAAUAGCCAAAGUAGUAUUAGUAAGGUUGGAGGAUUCGUUUGAAGGCUGCAAUCAACAGAAGUUAUGUCCAUACCAGAUGGCGACAGUUACUGUUAAAAAGGAAGAGGAGGAGGAUGAGGAUGAUAGCAGCCAACAACCAGCUGCUGUGGAAGAUGAUUGCAGCCAACAAAAUUAUCUAAUUCCUGGCUACAACAUGAUCUUCAUCAAAGAGGAUCCAUAUGAAGAGCAAGAGGCUGGAGGAAGUGCAGUGAAGAGUGAACCAGAGAUGUGGCCUUCAAACUGCAGCACAUCUGGCCGAGACUAUGCAACAGAAAUGGCGACAGUUACUGUUAAAAAGGAAGAGGAUGAGGUUGAUAGCAGCCAGCAACCAGCUGCAGUGGAAGAUGAUUGCAGCCAACAACAUUAUCUAAUCCCUGGCUACAACAUGAUCUUCAUAAAAGAGGAUCCAUAUGAUGAGCAAGAGGCUGAAGGAAGUUCAGUGAAGAGUGAACCAGAGAUGUGGCCUUCAAACUGCAGCACAUCUGGCCGAGACUAUGCAACAGAAAUGGCGACAGUUACUGUUAAAAAGGAAGAGGAUGAGGUUGAUAGCAGCCAGCAACCAGCUGCAGUGGAAGAUGAUUGCAGCCAACAACAUUAUCUAAUCCCUGGCUACAACAUGAUCUUCAUAAAAGAGGAUCCAUAUGAUGAGCAAGAGGCUGAAGGAAGUUCAGUGAAGAGUGAACCAGAGAUGUGGCCUUCAAACUGCAGCACAUCUGGCCGAGACUAUGCAACAGAAGUGGGUGGACUGAAUGAGCAUUCAAUCUCUCCAGUGGAAAAGUGCACUGAGUCAUCUGUGACUGGCAAAAAGACCAAGCUCUACAGCUGUGCUCACUGUGGCUAUGAAACACCAACUUUUUCUAAUUUGAAGAGACACAUUCGGAAACACACUGCAGAAAAACCUUUCAGCUGUGAGUUAUGUGACUUCAAAAGUUCUCAGUUAGUUCAUUUGAAGAGUCAUAUGAGAACACAUACUGGAGAAAAACCUUUCAGCUGCGAGUUUUGUGACUUCAAAAGUGGUUAUUCAAGUCAUUUGAAGAGUCAUAUGAGAACACAUACUGAAGAAAAACCUUUCAGCUGCGAGUUAUGUGACUUCAAAAGUGGUUAUUCAGGUCAUUUGAAGAUUCAUAUGAGAACACAUACUGGAGAAAAACCUUUCAGCUGCGAGUUUUGUGACUUCAAAAGUGGUUAUUCAGGUCAUUUGAAGAUUCAUAUGAGAACACAUACUGAAGAAAAACCUUUCAGCUGCGAGGUUUGUGACUUCAAAAGUGCUAGGUUAGAUGCUUUGAAAAGACAUACUAGAACACACACUGGAGAAAAACCUUUCAGCUGUGAGUUUUGUGACUUCAAAAGUUCUCAGUUAGGUAAUUUGAAGAGUCAUAUGAGAACACAUACUGGAGAAAAACCUUUCAGCUGCGAGUUUUGUGACUUCAAAAGUGCUCAUUCAGGUCACUUGAAAGAACAUUUGAGAACACAUACUGGAGAAAAACCUUUCAGCUGCGAGUUUUGUGACUUCAAAAGUGCUAGGCUAGAUUCUUUGAAAAGCCAUACUAGAACACACACUGGAGAAAAACCUUUCAGCUGCGAGUUUUGUGACUUCAAAAGUGCUUAUUCCAGUCAUUUGAAAGGACAUAUCAGAACGCAUACAGGAGAAACAACUACUAGUUAAACAUUUUGUAACCACACGUGUAAGCAUAUCUUCCAGACAAUUAAUGCUCAGAAAAGGGUAUAGAGAAAGGUAUUCUUAAGAAAUAAGCCAAUAUAAUCAGCAAGAAUAAAACAUCAAAUAUAACAA